AUGAGCGAGAACAACGCCGAAACUGGUCAGUACUCUUCUAACUUUACUGCCAGAAGAUCUCGUCUCACACCUAUAAGGUCUAGUACCUGCUGGCUCCCGGCAACCUGCUUCCUCAAGCUCACAACUACAUUGGAAGUAGCAGUUGCUCUGAGAUUCGUCAAGAAAUUCAAUUCUAGCUUCUCUAUUCGCAGCGGUGGUCACAAUUCGAAUCCUAGCUUCGGUAGUAUCGGGGAAGCCGGGAUUGUAUUGGACCUGGGUGCUCUGAACACGAUCAGCAUAUUGCCUGCAGAAAAUGUUGUGUCAGUGGGACCAGGUGCAACUUGGGACAAGGUGUAUGAAGAGCUUGAGAAGCAUAAGAUGACUGUCGUUGGGGGCCGGGUGUCUGGUGUAGGAGUCGGCGGUUUGAUUAUUAGAGGAGGCAUGUCCCAUUUCUCCAACCACUGGGGCCUUGUCUGCGACAACGUCAAGAACUUCGAGGUCGUGCUCGCCGACUCUACCAUAGUCAACGCAAAUGCAACGGAAAACAUCGAUCUCUUUCGAGCACUGAAAGGUGGUGGUUCUAAUUUCGGCAUCGUCACCCAAUUCGACCUCCACACAUACCCCGACUACCGCGUCUGGUAUACCUUCCGCGUUUACAGUGCCGAACAUACCGAUCGCGUCAUGGAAGCAUAUGUCAAAGUUCAGGAAGCCAUGGAAAUUGACGACCGCAUUGGCUUCUUCUUGAGUAUCAACGCAGGUUUCCUCGUUGCAGGUAUGCUGUACAGAGGAUCGACUAGGCCUGGAUCAGCAUUUAGGGCAUUCGAUGGUAUCUCGAUCAUGUCUACCCCGGUGCCAGAGAGGUACGGAACGCAGCUUUCGGUAGCACGCGCUGCUGCAAUGGAGAGGGAGGCAAAGUCCGUGCGAGAAACCGCUACCUCGAAUGUGAAAGCAGAUACAAAGCUCUACGCCGACUUGCACCGCAUUCUGCGGGAAACUGCCAACACCAUACCUCCAUCGAUCUCGCUUUCUUUUACCUUUCAACCUGUCGGCCUAUCCACUGCUAAGAAAGGACAAGAGCAUGGCGGUAAUUGCAUGAACAUCCCUCCGGAAAGCCAGUCGUGGCUUGCAAUCCUAUGCCAAUGGACAGACGAUGUAGACGACGGUUUAGCGCGAAAGAAACUUCGUGAGCUCGUCGGGGGUAUCGAAUCUCUAGCCAAAGUGCGUGGGAAACUCUUGGACUUCCAGUUUAUGAAUGAUGCAUCGUAUACGCAGUCACCGUUGCAGAGCUAUGGCGUCGAAAGUUUGGAAUCUCUUCGGGCGGUGAGUCGCAAGUGGGAUCCUGAAGGCGUGUUUCAAAAGCUACAGAGUUCUGGGUUCCUGUUGUCAAGAGCUGGGUCGGACUGA